AAAUUUGCUUUGUGAUGAUUUUCAUGGAAGUUAUUAGGAUAUGGUAAGUCACACUGUCAAAUACUGUCAAGCAGCAUUGUCAAAGGGGUAGCUAAAUGUUUUUUAAAACAUUAAGUUCCUGCCAUGUCCCAAAAAAGUGAAUGUGUUGGCCGGGUGCAGUGGCUCAGGCCUGUAAUCCCAACACUUUGGGAGCCCAAGGCAGGAGGAUCUCUUGAGCCCAGAGUUUGAGACCAACCUGGACAACAUAGUAAGAACUUUAGCUCUGCAGACAUCAAAACAUUAGCCGGGUGUGGUGAUAUGCGCCUGUAGUCCCAGCUACUUGGGAGGCUGAUGCAGGAAGAUUGCUUGAGCCUGGGAGGUCGAGGCUGAAAUGAGCUGUGAUGGCACCACUGCACUCCAGUCCAGGUGACAGAGCAAGAUCCUAUCUCAAAAAAAAAAAAAAAAAGUGGAUGUGCACAGGUCACUCAAAGUUGUCUGUGACAUUCCACCACACAGAAGGGGGAGGCCCAUCAGGGAGGGCCCUGUCCUGCCCUGCCUCUGUCUUUUAUUCAUGAGCAGAGCAUCUACCCAGCCAGGGCCUGACAGCCCAUGGCCUACCUAAUAAAAGACUGAGGAGACCCAGAAAUCCCCCAUCAGGCCAAAGCAGGGUUGUGGGUUUUGAGCUAUCCCUUUCUCUAUGAAGACAGCCUAAAGGGAACUAGGGUAGGCAAAGAAAGGAUUCCAGAGCCCCAAUUUCUGCCUGUUCUAAGGAGGUUGCACACAUGCACAGGCACACAUAUACAUCCACAUGCACACAUGCACAGAAGGCAUGCACACGUGUACAUAUGCACACAUGCAUAUAUGUCAACGCAUACAUGUAUAUGCACACAUGUACAUACACGUUCAUGGGCACAAACGCACACAUUUACAUGUACACAUGCAUCCACACACAUAAGCACAUGCACAAAUGUACACAUACAGACAGUCACAUGUGCACACAUGUGCAUACAUGUACUCAUACCUGUACCCACAUGCACACAUAUACAUACACAUAUGCAGAGACGGGCACACAUACAUGCACAUGCACACAAAUACACAGAACAUACAUGCACCACACAGUACACAUACAUAUACCAAACACCACAUACACCUUCACACACCACACAUACAUGCACUGUGCAUACACACACUAUGCCAUACACACACACCACGCAAGCACACACACACAAAACACACACACCACUGCACAUACUGAACCUUACUCCAAAUAACCACUUAAAAAUCCAUGUGAGGCAGUGGUCCUGCAGUGGACACACCCUCAUGUCUGCAUCCAUCUUCAUCACCACCCUCUCUGGGGUCAAGCACUAAGGGACUCUCCCUCACAAUCUUCCAUCCUAGCCUCCCCUGGGUUCCCUCUGCUCUUGCCAAGCCAAGUUAGGUUUGGAGGAAACAGUGAAGUUGGCUGGGCCAAGGCUCCCUGGGUCAGCUGGGAGAUGGGAAGGACACAGGCUGCCCGAUAGCCCAGUGGCCUGCAGGGGGCCGCUCCAAAUACAGUGGGGUGGUGAAGCGCCCUGAAGUCAGAGAAGAACACAGCACACAACAGACCACUAGGCUCCAGCACUGACUUUAGGCACAUCCUAUAAAUUGAACCCCCGAGCACCACAAUUUCAGCUGAGGGUGCCUGCACUGACACAUGUAAGUGCCAGCACAGUGGCCUUAUUCUAAAAAUGUCAAAAUGUCAGCAGAUGCCAUGGUCUGUGCUGUUCAUGCCAGUGGCCAACUGCUGGGAGGAAUGCUGUGGGCAGCAGACGGCGUAGGCCCUAGGACAGCUCUGGAAAUAAGCACUGGCCUUUGGCUUCAACCCCAGGGAAGGGGAAACUCUUGUGAUAAUGUAUCACUGCACUGCAGUGUAAGAUGGCUUUACCACUAGCCUGAGCUGCAGCAGAGAAGCGGUUUAAGACCCUCGGGCUUGUCCUUCGGAGAUGAGGAGGGACUUUAGAACUGGUCAAUAAAUAUGUUCUCAUUUCAGGGAGGAAGGGAGCACUUUGAAAAAGGCAGAUUUUGGUUUUUGAAGUAUCUUUUAGUUUGUGAUAAACAAUGCAGUGUCUCUUUUCUUCUCUUGGUUACUCGCUGGUGGUCUCAGGGUGGAAAUUCAUCCAUGCUUCUGGGCAAGCAACCCUACCGAAUUAUUACCUCCUCUCUGGUGUUAGGCUGCAACAGGGACCAACACCUCUGUGUUGUGGGACCUCCCACCCCUUCCUGCUCCAUGCUCUGUCUCCUAUGGCCUGAAAUUUCCAAAGAGAAGCCCCAAAAAAGGCAUUUCACAGUGUCUUCCAGGAUAUGAGUCUGGAAGGUGGAGACAUGCUGUGCAGCACACAGUUUCCCUGAUUAAAUAACUUAGAAAACAUGGCCAAGUACAUUCACAGUGCUCAUUAACCUACUAAUAGCUCUAAAGAGCACUGUAACCAAGACCUUUUCACGGAGCUUUUCUAGCUCAACAUUUUCCUGACUUCUUUGGCCACAACCACUGGGUGCUCAAUACCUAUUAGCAUGAUAGAGUGCUGUUCCCCCCACACUCACUGGGAAAUGUGCUUAGGGAGCGUUAGGGAGGCAUCUCUAAAGUGCAAUGGUCAUUUGGUCCCCUGAAAUCACACCAAGGAAGCAGGUAUCUGUGUUCUUAUUAACUGGAAAGUCAACCCUGUCCUGUCAGUUCUCAAAGGUUAGUUUACACAUCCUAUGUUCUUUCACUCUCUCUCUCUCUCAGAUACACACACACACACACACACACACACACACACACACACACACACACUCUCUCUCUCUCUCUCUCUCUGUCUCUCUCCAGGACACAUAGAAUCAAUCUUUCCUCCAAAGAAAAGGAGGAAAUGAUGACAACAUUUUGGUAUAGAAAGGUGUGGGCGGCAAGACACCCAGGUGGCGAGGCAAGAGACUGAAGGCAUAAGCUGUUCCAGUAUAAUAAAGAAAAUAAUAAGAAUAAGAAUAGUUAUGCUAGAAAUAGAAUAUAGAUAUGAUUAUAUAUGAAUAUUAUUAGUCAUUAGCUUGUAGAGUUACUCUUUGUUCUGUUAUUAUAAUAAUCCCCAUUCUAGAAUUAUAACCUAGGAAAAACCAGGCCAUAUGGAGUUAGGAGCUGAAGGGACAUGAUGAGAAGUGACCAGAAGGCAAGAGUGUGAGCCCUCUGUCAUGCCCAGAUAAGGGCAACUAGAGGGCUCCUUGGUCUAGUGGUAAUGCCAGUGCCUAGGAGGCACUGUUACUUGAGCGGGAAAGGGAAUCUCCCUUUCCCUGGGGGAAUUAGAGAACACUCUGCUGCAUCACCUCUUGUGGGAGGCCUGACAUUAGCCAGGCCCAUGCACAGCCAUCCGGAGGCUUGAACGUCUCCCAGUGAUGCUGUGCUUCAGCGGUCACACUCCUUGUCCACUUUCAUGUUCCACUCUGUACACCUGGCUCCUCCUUCUAGAUAACAGUAGCAGAAUUAGUGAAAGUAUUAAAGUCUUUGAUCUUUCUGAUAAGUGCUUAGAAGAAACGAUGAUGUAUGACGUACGCUGUCCUCUCUCUCUCUGCCUCAGCUGCCAUAAAGGGAAAGGCCCCCUGUAUGGUGGACACGUGAAUUGUGUGACCUUAUCAAUCAUUGGAGAUGACUCACACUCCUUGCCCUGCCGCCUUGCCUUGUAUGCAAUAAAUAGCAGUGCGGCCAAGCAUUCAGGGCUACUACCUGUCUCUGCAUCUUGGUGGUAGUGGUCCCCCGGGCCCAGCUGUUUUUUCUUCUGUCUCUUUGUCUUGUGUCUUUAUUUCUACAAUCUCUUGUCUCCACACAUGAAAAGAAAACCCACAGGCCCUGUAGGGCUGGACCCUACAUCUGGCGCCCAAUGAGGAUUUCUCUUUCGUUUUGUGAAGGCGUGCUUCGAGUAUGGAACACGGUGGAGAGCAUCAACAACAGAUUCCUGAGAAUUGCAGUCAAUAAGCUUGGUGCAAAUCAGGCUCCUUUGAAGCCUCAGGGUCCCUUGAAGCCUGUCCCGCAGUUACUGCAGCAGCCUGGACCUCAGGCCCCUGAAAGACCUGCCCAGCAGGUAAUCUCACCCCAACCUGGCUUACAGGUUCUCAAUUCUUCCUCCGUUCAAAACCCUACCUUCUUUUCUCCUUCUGGUCCAGUCACUACUGCAGUUGCCACCACCGCCAUUGCUGCUCAUAAGCAACAAGUUUCAUACAUCCCUCAAGAUGAUACUCCUCUUAUGAGAGCCAUUGCGCAGGCAAGAGAAUUUGGGGCUCCUGAGGCCUGGCAAUUUCCUGUAAUUUUACCACCUCCUAUACCUGCCAUCCCUGUGGCACAAAAUCAUCCACAGCCAGCUGACCCUGCUCAGCAGGCGGCUGAUCCCGCGACUCCUCAAGAUCUACAGCCUGAGAAUCAGGUCCCUCAGCCUGAGAAUCAGGCUCCUCAGGCAAAUAAUCAGCCCCCACAACUGCCUGCUGCCAUGGCGCAGCCAGUUCCAGGUAUAUUUACAGUCCAGGCAGCAGUCCAACCAGAUCCUCUUCAUCCAGGCCAGGUUCAGCUAUGCCCUGCUACUUGGGAAAGUUUUUCUUUUAAAUUCCUCAAAGAUUUCAAAGCAUCAGUGAAGCAGUACAGCACCAACUCCCAUUUUGUUCGUUCUACAUUAAAGGCCCUAGCAGAAGGUAAACAUUUGGUGCCCUAUGACUGGAAAAUUCUAGCAAAGUCAGUCUUAUCUAAAUCUCAAUAUUUACAAUUCAGGACUUGGUGGGUUAAUGCUGUCCAGGAAUGCAUUCGUCUUAAUCAGGGCUCUAAUCCUCCUGUUAAUGUUAUGGCUGACCAGUUACUGGGAAUGGGACAAUGGGCUGGAAUUCGAAACCAAGCUAUACUAAAUGAUGAGGUUAUUGAACAAUUACGAAAAUGUUGCCUAGAUGCUUGGGAUAAGAUUCAGAAUGAUGGUAAAGUAUGUCGAUCUUUUACGGCCGUUACACAGGGACAACAGGAACCCUAUCCAGACUUUAUUGCCCGUCUUCAAGAUGUGACAGAGAAAGCCAUCGCUGAUAGCCAUGGCCAACAACUUGUUGUAGAACUUAUGGCUUAUGAACAAACAAAUGCAGACUGUCAGGCAGCUAUUUGCCCCAUUAAAGGCAAAAUUCCACCAGAAGGUGAUGUACUCUUCUCCUACGUUAAAGUCUGUGAAGGCAUGGGGGGAACUCUACAUACAGCAAUGGUCAUGGCACAAGCCAUGGCCACUGUUAGAAUGCCUGGAUGAUUCUCUGGCAAAUGCUUUCAAUGCGGCCAAUCAGGGCAUUGUAGAAGAAAUGGUCCUCAGCUUUCAGGCCACCAUUCUUUUCAACGCCAACAACAAAACCCUAUACAGCAACAAAUCUUGCCCUCCACUCUGUGCCCACGAUGCCGUAAGGAAAAUCAUUGGGCUGCUCAAUGCCACUCAAAAUUUGACAUUGAUGAUAACCCUUUAAAGCCAUUCAACAACCAGGGAAAUGGAAAGAAGGGCUGGCCCCAGUCCCCUCCAAACAGUGGGCAUUCCUCAACUCACAGCCUUUGGCUGCCAGCCAGAUGAGCACUUUCCCAGCCCAAUCCAUUCAGCCUGCCCCCAAGUUCCCACUUCAGCCAUUUGUACGACAGGAUCUAAUGACUCAGCCCCAACACAAAUCUCAGUACAAUGCUUGUCCCCUGCCACCACAGGCUCAGCCGCUGUAGAUCUCUGCUGCACUCGAGAUAUUUCUCUCUUGCCCAGAGAGCCACGUAUUGCUCUUCCCACAGGUGUGUGGCCGUUUGCCACCUGGCACUGUCAGCUUGCUUCUUGGUCACUCAAGCCUAAAUUUAAAAGGUGUUCAAGUACAUACUAGUGUAAUCGACUCUGAUUAUUCAGGUGAAAUUCAUAUUGUCAUUAGCUCUGCGGUACCUUGGUAUGCAGCAGCAGGAGACCGCAUUGCUCAACUUCUUACACUCCCUUACAUUCCACUAGGAUCUAGUUCUUGUAAGAGAACCGGAGGUUUCAGAAGCACAGACUUUCAGGGCAAAACAGCCUAUUGGGCCAGCAAGAUUUCUGAUACUCAUCCUGCGUGCUCCAUGCAUAUUCAAGGAAGGAAGUUUGAGGGAAUGAUUGACACGGGUGCUGAUAUCUCCAUUACAGCCUUACAUCAAUGGCCUAGACACUGGCCCAAAGAAUACAUGUCCAUAGCAUUAGUUGGUGUUGGUCAGGCUUCAAGGUUUAUGAAAAUUCCACUAUUUUACACUGUGCGGGCCCAGAGGGACAGACUGGUACUGUUCACCCCCUCGUUACACCUAUUCCAGUUAAUCUUUGGGGAAGAGAUCUUUUACAACAAUGGGGGACACAGAUUUCUUUCCCACAAGGUAAUUGCAGCCAACAAAGUAAAGACAUUAUGGCAAAAAUGGGAUUUGUUCAAGGUGCGGGUUUGGAAAAAUCAGCACAAGGUAUUACUGAGCCUAUUAUACCUAUUCAUAAAUCUGACUCAAUAGGACUUGGUUAUUCUUUUUAGAAGCAGUCACUAUCAAGCCUCCAGAUCCCAUCCCCUUAACUUGGAAAACUCAGAAACCAGUUUGGGUAAAUCAGUGACCACUCCCUUAAAAUAAGUUGGCAGCACUCCAUAUUUUGGUCCUUGAACAAUUAAAAUCGGGACACAUAGAGCAAUCUUUUUCUCCUUGGAAUUCACCUGUUUUUGUUAUCCAAAAGAAAUCUGGUAAGUGGAAAAUAUUUUCUGAUCUUAGGGCAGUAAAUGCUGUCCUUCAACCUAUGGCAACCUGGCUUGCCAUCCCCCAUUAUGAUUCCUGAGUAUUGGCCACUUAUCAUCAUUGAGCUUAAAGACUGUUUCUUUAACAUUCCUCUGGCCCCCUCAGGACUUUAAAAAAUCCACAGGCCCUGUAGGGCUGGACCCUACAGAAGGGUACAUAAUUUCAUGUUUCAUUAGAGAGUGCUUUUUAAGGCCACUUGUUAUUUUGUAGCUUUGCAAAAUUAAGCGGGGAAAGGAAGAAUGCUUUCUCAGAGCCCCACCCACCAAACCCAGCGAGCCUGCACUGCUAUGCCCAUCACAUCCCGACAGAUGACACAUGUCCAGCAUUUGCCUGAACCCCUACCUCACAGCCUGUUGCUGCCACCGCCCCCUUAUGGCACAUCACACAGCUAAGAGAUGCUCACAGCCCCCACGCAGCUCAGCUGGGGAUGUUUCCAGGAGCUAUUUUUCCUUAUUAGUUAAGCAUUAUUUUACCAAAGCCAUGAGUCAUAAGACUUUAAACAUCUGCAAAUCUUUAAGAUCUUUGAAUAACUCAGUUUUCCACGACUAUCAUCAAACUGUGAAACAAUGAGUGAAAAAUGUAUUUUGUUCGUAAACAACUCAUCCUUCUUCAUAAAAAUAAAGAGCCAAUGUCUCAUACUGUUUGUUCUCCACAGCUCAUAUCAAAUGACAUCAUAAAUUUCUGUCAACCAAGCCCGCUGGAACACAGUGAGGUGAACACGCCCCUUCUUGUGAACAGCUGCUUUAGUUCUUUCCUUCCCUGAAGCAGGAGUAGAGGGAAAACCUCAGCAUCCAAGGGUAGUGAACAGGUUAGGAAAUGGAGGGCCCAUCACUAUCAGGAAAAUGGUUUUGCUAGAGUCCUUAUCAAGUGGAUUGUGCCAGAAAGAAAGUGACCAUCAUAGGAAUAGGCAAGUCAGCCUUGCCAACUGCACAGGACAUGACCUUUCCAUUUCCUGAUGAACCUGGAGGUAUAAGGUCACACCCAUAGCAAUGGCUCCUCUCAUACCAAAAGCGCCUGGUAAAGCACACUUUCUGGACACCGGAUGUGUUCCCGGGGAUACCACCUGCAGCCAGUGGCAUCCAGGUGGGCAGACUUACACAGCAGCAUGCUGUCCCUUGGGGCAUCGGUCAGAAUUUAGGGACAUAAGCUGCCCAAUGCACCUCCAUCCAUCACCUCUCUUCCCCCUCUUCUUGCUUCUUUCAUUAUUCAACCUCGAAAUAAAAAAGAAAACAAGAUGCUUGGUCAAGCCAAUCCCAACUACCAAGACUUUAUACCUCAUGCUACUGUGUGCAUGGCAGGAAAUCUCAACAGAACGGGGGCGAGGAAAGACUCCUCGGACAGACCUCAGUGGACCAGGAUCUGAGCAGGAUUUGCUCGCCUUGGAAAUAAGCCAGACCUCCCAAGAUGGAGAGAAUUUAAGUAGAAGAGAUUCAUGAAAAGAAAAAUGUCGCCCAGUUAAUGCAUGGCCAUGAACAAACAGCCAUUUUAAUUGGCUUAUUUUUCUGCAGCCAAAACAUUAGACACUUGUUCAUUCAAUCUUCUCUUUUAAAACUAAUGAGAUAUCCAUUCCUUAAUGUCAUGCUAUGAAUUUUUUUCUCAGCAUCGCCCCAGUUCUUUACUCUUGAGCACUAAAUAGUAGUUUUCUAGAAGAUGCUUUUUUUCUAUUUGCUACCAGGGCUUCCCCUAAUGGGCCCGUGGGUUCGUCCUGUUCAGAGUCAGUACUUCUGUGUGUCAGGAUUUUAAAAUGCACGGUCUAAAGUCAGCAAGUGGGGCCUGUAUGCUUUUGUAAUGUCCUCCCAAGGAAUCUGUGUGUGUGUGGGAGGGGGUGUAUGUGUGCAUCUGUUUGUGGUAUGUGUGCGCCCGUUCAUGAUGUACGCAUGUGGUUUGGGGGGGUGUCUGUGUGUGUCCAUGUGUGUCUGUAUGUUUGCAUGCAUAUAUGGUGUGUGUAUAUGUGUGUAUCUCUGUGUUGUGUAUCUGUGUUUGUAUAUGUGUGGCAUGUGUGUGUCUAUGUGUGUAAUGUGUGCAUGUGGUAUGUGGGGAUGUCUGUGUAUACAUAUGUAUGCAUGUUUAUAUAUCUGUGUGUGUAUGUAUUUGUGUGUGUGGUGUGUUUGUGUGGCAUAUGUCUGUGUGCAUCUGUGUGUGGUGUGUAUUUGUGUACUUGUGUGUAUGCAUAUCUGCAUGUGUAUACCUGUGUAUAUCUGCAUGUGUGUGUGUAUGUGUAGUGUGUGUGGUGUGUGUAGGUGUACCUGUGUGUUUGUGUGUGGUGUGUGUGUGUCUCUGUUAAGCAGACGUCUUUGUCCUUUCAUUUUUCAGACCUUCGUAUGCUCCCAAUAUUCCUCUCAAAGUGAAAAUGAUCUUUUAUUGUUAACCAGCUUGGUCAUCGUUUUUCCCCAUUUGGGUCAUGGUGCGUAGAACUGGUUUUCCAUCUCGCUAGCAUCCACGGCAGUUAGCCCUUCCCCAGUGGAUCUGGACAUGACGCCCCCACUCCCAUCUCAGACUGCCUGCUAUUGGCUCUAUGAUAGACACCACCAUUACCACAGUAAAAAUAAAACAAUGGAGAAGCCAUUACUUAGGUCCCUAAAGCUCAGAACAGGCCAGUACACUUUUACCUAAGCCUUCAUGAGAGCCAAGCGCCUCCACUCACAGUGAAAGGUCUGCCUCUCCUGCACAGCCUAAGGAAGGACCCUGCCCCUGCCCCUCUGGGACGUGCAGAGGGUGGGAGGGCACUGAGCAGCACCCAUGUCACACCCAUGGGUGCUUUCUCAUGGAACCUGGGCUUGCCAGGACUGCCUGUCCUCCUUCAGACAGCGUCUGCCCUGCCACGGCCCGGAGUGAGAAAGCAGCCAAGCGGGAAGCAGGCUUUGAGCCUUGAGACAGACUCCAUCUCUCUUGUUUCUCACAUGGUCUCCUGCUGCAUGGCCUGAAGGAGGGGCGCCAGCCCAAUGACUCCCAGCACUCAGGAGU